AUGACCAUGUCGCAGCUCUUCUCGUGGUGGCUGCCCGUUGCGCUGCGCGACCGCCAGUCGAUUUCGGACCUGGCGGGCUCGGCCAGCUUCACCAUCUGGCUCUUUGCCCAGUCGCCCCAGCUGCUCGAAAACUACCGCCGCGGCAGCGUCGAGGGACUCAGCCCCGUCUUCCUCGUCCAGUGGAUGCUCGGCGAUGCCACCAACCUCGUCGGCUGUGUCCUCACGGGACAGCUGCCCUUUCAAAUCGCCGUCGCCACCUACUUUUGCUGCGUCGACCUCUGCAUCAUGGUCCAGUACCUCUACUACUGGCGAAAGGCGAGGGCGACCAUGCGCAGGUCCAUCUCGGCCAUCACCAGGCCCGUCCGCUCGCGCAUGGGCAGCCUGGUCAGCUACCACCCUGCCGUCCAUCCCUUUGCCAUUGCGCCCACGGAGACGUCGGAGCUGCUGCCCAGCGCGUCCUCGUCGCGCAGGCAACAGAGCAGGGGGAGCAGGAGCCCGACCUUGGCGAGGGCCCACAGCGCCAGGCCCCCCAUCAGCCGCAGGGGCUCCGAAGACAUGGAAGCGUCAUUUCACUCGCACACGGCCACCUACCGUGCCCUCAGAGACGCUGCGAUGAGCGUCGCGCAGCUCGCAGACGAAGCGGCGAGGCGCCGGGAGCCGGCGUCGUACUUUGACAGCGUCCACUCCCACUACUCGCACCAUCGCCAUCACCACCAUCACCACCAUCAUUCCCACUCCAACCAGCACCAUGUCGACGACCGAACCGACCGCCCGCACCGUCAUUAUCCUUCUCGGCGCACGACGGGCGGCGCGUCGAUGUCGCGCAGCAGCAGCCGUCACUCUGCCUCCGCGGGAGCAUCCACCGAACCCUCGCGCAGGCAGCCGCAGGCCAACUGGACACCGGUUACGCUGAGCCCCACCAACGAAGCUCGGGUGCUCGAGAGCGAGAGCGAGGACGACGAGGUAUCCGGCACGAUGCUGCAGAGCACCACAAGCCUGCAGAGCCACGCGAGCACGCAGUCAUCGGCAUCGGCCGCCUCGUCCGCCGAGCGCCUCGCCCGCUCCCGCGUGGAUCUCGUCCGCAGCGACCUCACUCCACGGGAGGGAGAAUCGAGCGAUCGCAGAGGGCGCGACAUGACGAGAACCGCCAUCCGCCUGGGUCUUGUUGACAAGGGCGAGGAUUCGUCGUCCCCCACGCCGUCGGACGGCACAGCGAAGUGCGCGGGUGAUCGCAGGACUCCCAGCGUUGGACCCCCGGCCGAAUCAAGGAGCGGCAAGGAGACUCAGUGGCUCGAAGAUGCAGCAAAGACGACGACGGCGGCAGGAGGGAUCGAGACAGGGCCAGAUGUCUCCGCCAGCAGGGCAGAAGAGGACAACGAAGCCACGCCCAAGCGCCGAGUGGACCGCAGCGGCAGUCGGCCAGCCAAGAGCCGGGCCAGGAGCUCGCACUCGAUACGACGCGGCUUUGGCAUGGCGCUCAUGGGCCUGAUGCUCGUCGUCGCGCUCGCAGAGGGCCCGGAUGCGGUUGCCUCGAGGUCAACAUCGAGCGGUGAACUGGGCGCCGGCAUCAGCGGCGCAGCGCGGCACGCGGUACGGCUGGCACUCGACAAGAUCCGCCAUCCAGCCACCCUCUACUUCGGCACGCUUCGCUCCGUCUUUAUCGCCUCGCCGGACGGUAUUCGAACCUUGGGCACGCCGCCACUACCGCCAGCGCCGCCCACCGGGCCGACAUGGGACCGCAUAAUCGGACGCAUGUCGGCGUGGACAUGCACGGUGCUCUACAUGACGUCGCGCCUGCCGCAGAUCUGGGAAAACUACCUGCGCCGCUCGGUGGCGGGUCUGUCGAUUCUGCUCUUUGUAGCGGCGUUCAUGGGCAACCUGACAUACUCGAUCUCGAUCCUGGUGAGCCCCGCUGCCGUGGGUCCCGGCCGUCGCGAAUACCUGCAAGAGUGCCUGCCGUUCCUCCUGGGCAGCGGCGGCACGCUCAUCUUCGACUUUAUCAUUGUGGUGCAGUGGUGGAUGUGGAGCGGCAAGUCGGCGUCGACGACGGCAUCCUCGAUGGGGGCGAUCGGCGACGGGCUCGAUGACGGCUGCGGUGCAACGGCGACGACGGGGGCCAUGAUGGACGGCUCGGUGGCCAUGCGGGCCGGAGGGACAGGUGUCGAAGGCAAGGGCAAGAGGAGACGGAAGAGGCGGGAGAGGGAGAGCGUGUGGCGCGACUGGGAGGGCAAGCGCUCGAGCAUGCUGUCGAACAGCGUCGUGCUGCCGCACCAGCAUCACCCCGCGAGGACGACGUCGCCGUCGUCGUCGUCGUCGCCGAGGGUGAGCUCGGAGAGCACCGCCCGCAUGACCAAGUCGGUCCCCGCUCUCAUAUCCUAG